AUGUCUUCGACUGUAUCGGACGAGCAACUCGGCGACGCGAUUCUCCAGUCUGCUGAACACGGGUCUUUUCCUCAGGAUGGAGAUGUGGCAUCUGCGGCAGUACCGUCGAGCGCACUGCCUAAGCUGCUAGAGAAGAUUGGAAAGGCAAGAGAAGACGCCAAAAAUGAAGUUCGCAAAGUUUCCCGCGAAGCUGCCUCUGACGUCGACGGAUGGAUAUCUCAAGCGCGCAAGCUACAAGACGACAUCAAACGCUCUCAGGACACCGCCAAGGAAAUAGUGCAACAUGCAGAAGAAGGAAAGACCAACACGGCACACAUUCAAGACGCGGCGAGCAAGGUCAGCCUGCUCCAUACCGAGAUCGCAUACAACGAGAGCCUGUCGCGCGUUAUCGAACAGCUAAGGGACAUCACAACAUUGUUGGACUCGGCACAAAAUGCUGCUGUGCGGGGGCAUGUCAUGUAUGCUAUCGAGCGGCUAGAAGACGUGGAUGGCGCAUUCAAAAAUCUAGGACCGUUUGGAACUGCGAGGGUGGUGGGAGUACUGAAGACCAAGGAAGCGCAGAUGAGGAACGCCAUAAAGGAGAGUGUCUCAGAGUCGUGGAAUGCACUCCUCGUUGUUGAUGCUUCUAACAACAAGGUGUCAUUAAAAGAUUCGAUCGAACGAGAGACAACUAUCACCGUCACGGCGGUUGUUGAGCAGCUUGCGAAGUUAGGUCUUCUGGAUGAGUUUGUUACUCGCUUCAGCCGCGAUUUUGACAAAGCCAUUCUCUCGCAGCGCCUGGCUAUUGGUCGAGACCAAGUCGUCAGUAGCUUCGAGAUCCAUGGUGAUGAUGUACAGCUUGCAGGUCCCGUCAAUGAUGGAAGUGUCAAGGUCACCCUGGAAGACAUUCACACAAUUGCGGAGUACCUAAGUACACGCCUGCCACCUUCUAUCGCUGUACCGCUUUCAUCGAAGUUGGUGCCCAUCAUCACGUCACGCUUGAUCGCCCACUAUCUUCUGCCCGCGGUUCCAACGUCCACAGAUGGAGUGCCCGAGUUCCAGGAAAAUCUAUCUUAUGUCUUGGGUCUUGUUGAGUAUCUCGACGAACUCGGUUGGACUGGGCAAAGCCGUCUGACAGAGUGGGUUGACCGGUCAGCUGAAAUCUGGCUGGCGAAGCAGAAAGAGAAUGCAAUUGCAAGGGUGCAAAAGCUGUUCCCGAAGGAAGUCAAGAUCAAGAAAACUGUGGAGAAGGUGGAAACGCAAGUCAUCUCGAAAGGCGAUGCCUUGCAUGCUGCGCAAGAUGAGCAGGACAACGGCUGGGGCGCCGAUUGGGGGGACGAUGACGAAGUCAAAAAGGGGACAGACACUACACCGCAAGACGUGGAGGAAGAAGACAUGAGCGCAUGGGGUAUAGACGAGGACGAACUUGACGAGGCUGCAGGGUCGGAGAGCAAAGCAAAAGAAGAAAAGCCAGCAGAUGACGAGGAAGCAGAAGAUUGGGGAAAUGAUUGGGGCGACGACGAAGAUACCAAAUCAGCACCCUCACCGCAGGCUCACAGGAAAUCCCCUCAGCACAAGGCGGAUGGACAGUCGUCACAGCAGAAGCCGCCUACAGAGCAGCACGUCACAUUGAGAGAGACGUACACUGUGACAGCAAUCCCUGACUCGAUCAUUGAGAUGGUACGACAAGUCGUUGUAGACGUGGAAGCUCUCAAUUCCCCAGCUCUUGUCAAGUCUGCGAUCUCGCCUGCUAGUGGAGGGCUGUUCGCUAUACCCAGCUUGUUACUUGCGAUGUACCGAGCUACUGCUUCUGUACACUACUCUACCGACAUCGCAGGUAACAUGCUCGUCUACAACGACUGCGAGCGUCUGUCGGAUUGCUUGCGAGCAUUUGCCCAAGAGCAUGCAGAGAAGGAUCGUGCGUCGAGUCUGCCACGAUUGCUGCGACCUUCGGUUCGGUUGAUACCGAAGAUCGAGGCAGACGUCAAGACACUAGACGGCUUCAGCCGGCGAGUGUACGGACGAGAGAUGGAGUCGCAGCGACAGAUCAUCAAGGAUCAUCUCGAGGGCGCACAAGGCUUCCAGGGGUGCACCAACGUUCCCUUUGCGACGGUGUGCGAUGAUGCUAUUGCAACGACCAUUGACCGCAUCGGCGACGUCAAGCGACAGUGGCAGAACAUAGUGUCGCAAAGGGUGCUUGUCCAGUCGCUUGGAUCGCUGGUCAGCACAGCAUUUACAAAGUUCAUCAACGACGUCAUGGACAUGUCGGACAUCGCAGAAGACGAGUCGAGGAAGCUGCACAGCUACUGCAUGUCGCUGGCGACACUCAAUCAGCACUUCCAGACUCAAGACGAGAAGGGAGAAACGAGGGACACAGCAAGCCUUUAUGUGCAGAACUGGUUCAGACUGCAAUAUUUGGGUGAGAUUCUGGCUGGCAGCCUAGCAGACAUCAAGUAUCUCUGGAACGAGAGCGAACUGAAACUGGAGAUGACGGCAGAGGAAGUUGUAGGCCUGAUCGAGGCGCUCUUCGCACCGAGCGAUCUCCGGCGCAGGGCCAUUGCGGAGAUCAGGAGGACGAGUAUGCAUUAG